AUGUUAUCUGCAGUUGAUAAUCAAAGAACCCGCCGAUCACAACCAGGUAGAGCUAAAUCGGAGAUUACUGUUGAAACAGUCAGAAAAGAGAUAAACAAGACUUUAAAUUCUUUGAUGCGCACGCCACAGGCAUUUUGUUCACCCAAAGAAAAAGUCUGCAUGCAAGGUCCGCCGGGAAUACAAGGACCUAAAGGCUCACGUGGCAGAAGAGGACCGCGGGGAUUCACGGGAAGGAAAGGACCACGAGGUGACACAGGGAGCCCAGGGCUGCACGGAAAACAGGGACCCACUGGACCACCUGGUGAAAAGGGAAAAGAGGGAGAAAGAGGUGCUCCGGGGCCUCGGGGAUUCCCCGGUGCAAAAGGGGAUCCUGGAGAAUCAAUUUUGCUUCCAUCAGUCGUGAUUACUCCUAAUCAUCAAACUGUCAGAGAAAACCAGAACGCAUUGCUCCAGUGUUCUGCAACGGGAAACCCACGACCGUCUGUGACUUGGUAUCGUUCAAAUGGGUCAAGCUUACAGAGUCAUUUCCGUUACCAACCGGAUGGAAAGUUAAUAGGAACUCGCGUGACUCUAUCAGAUGCUGGGAAAUACCUCUGCGUUGGUAGAAAUUUGCUUGGGUCAACGAAUCAGUCGGCUAUGUUGACCGUUGAAGGUAAAUACAUGUGAAAUUUUAAUAUGUAUAUUUCUGUAAGCCAUUUAUUUUCGUCUUUGUUUUGUAAAAGUAUCAUUAGUAAAGUAUCGUGUCCUGCUGCUCGCUAUUAUAGAUAACGUUGAUUCCAACUCUAGUUACAAUUCAAACGGACCCUCACCUUUUAUAACAAAGCGCUCUUAAACUAACCAAAGGACGACCCUACGUUUGGGUUUCUGAACCUCUAAAGACUAAGGCACACGUCGUUCGUUUCCUUAUAAUCUCUCGGACCAAGAGCCGAUUACUGCUCGGACGCAUAAGUAAAUCGAUCAGCAUUCCCCCACCCUCCAUCUAACAAAAUUUUGCAAUAAGGUAUACAAGAAAGAUCUUUUUUAGAGUUUUUGAUGUGGUUCAAAAUGACCCACUAGGUUUCCCAUAACUUUCGAGUAUUGCAAGCUAAUGUAACAAGCAUUGAUAUUUUAUUUUGUUGAUAAGACGUUACAAUUUUCCUAUUUUAGCUCCUCCUCGAAUUCAUCUCGAUCCAGGUCCCACUCAUGUUAAAACAGGGCUAACCGUAAGGCUUCCUAAAUGCUACGUAACGGGAUUUCCUACUCCUAUUGUCACAUGGAGGAGAGUCAAGGGCGUUCUUCCAAGGAACAGAACUGUUUCUAACGAUGGGGCGUUAUCUUUGAUCGCCGCAGAGAAAAAAGAUACAGGACCCUAUGAAUGCACAGCGAGAAACCGUCUGGGGCAAGAGUCUUCUAUAACCUCUGUUUUUGUUUGGUCUCCACCCACAUUCGUUACGAAACCACCAAGCAGGGUUAAUAAAUAUACAGGCGAAGAGUUGACCUUGCGUUGUUCUGCUUCUGAUCGAGCCUCUCUUUCGUGGAAACGUGUCGGUGGAGCCUGGGAAGGGGAACGUAUGAGUGACCGAAAUGGAACAUUGACGAUUUCCUCUCUUAAAAAUUCUGAUUCUGGUUCUUACGUCUGUGAAGCUAAGCUACCACUUUAUAACAUAGAGGCAGCGACUGUCUUGAAAGUAACAGGUCAGUGAGAGAUGUGCCGCAUAAAAAAGUGAUUGUUACCUAUACCCGUAAGUAAGGAAUGUUUGGGUCGGCUGGCAUGUCAUAUCUUUUCACUUAAUCGAGCACGCGGAAAAGUGAUUUUGUAUCUUAUACCCCAAAAUACAUUUCUCACUGCUUGGAGGAUAGUAAUUCCCCCUCCCUACUACAUUGCGUCUACAAACUUAAUCUUUUUACCUUCUUUUUAACUCUACAACUCUAAACCAAUUCUACAGGGCGAUAUUUGACUUGGAAAUAUGCAUAGAGUGAACUUUUUUCCGUGCCUCCUGAAAAUUGACAUUGCUAAAGAAUAGGUAUAUUACCUUAACUUAGGCAGGAGCCGCCAUUACGGUAGUAAACUGCACACUAUUGUCAGUCUCAAAUCGUAACAACUUUACCACAGGGCAGUAGGUAAGCUAAAUUGUGGAGUAUCAAAUUUUCACUUUUAUUGUCUUAGAAACUUGACGACUAGACCUAAAAAUGCAAGAAGUAUAGAAACUAUUCGAUUUUGAGACCACUAACGCAAAAUCAAUGUCAGCCUAACCUGCAUGCAUAGCCAGCGUUCUGCGCUGACAGAGAGCGGAAACGCUUGCUAAGCAGGCUAAAACUUACAAAAGUAAUAAUUAUCAAUUUACAGGUCCUCCCUUGAACUUUACAACAAACGGACGCAAAGGACGGCAGGGAAGUAUUCAGAAGUUCACAGUUCCAAUAACUGCCCGUUAUUUGAUCAAGGCCUGGGGUGCUCGGGGAGGAACACAUUCCACUAAUUAUGGAAGUUAUCCUGGAACCUACUACGGUGGAAAGGGUGCAUUCAAGGAGGGGAUAUUCAGACUGAAUAAAGGAACUGUGCUGAACAUUGUAGUGGGACAAAGAGGAGGAAAUUCAGUAGAGGUUAAAGGAGGACAAUCUACAAGCAGAACGGCUGCUGAACUAGGUCUAUCUGUAGAGGACAAUGCUGGGACAGGAGGUGGGGGAGGAAGUUUUGUUUAUACAUCAAGUAAUGCGCUGUUGUUAGCUGCCGGAGGGGGAGGGGGUGCAUCUGCGGGAUACAACGGGGUAGAUGGUCAGGCAGGUACUAGUGGUACCAGUAGUGUGGGGAAGGACUCGUCUCAUGUUCGAACGGGAGGGACUGGGGGACAACCCGGUCAGUGUAAUUCUAAAGAUGCUAGCCAUCAUGGGGGAGUGGGUGCAGGGUGGUUAAGUCAGGGAUGUGCCAGAAAAGGAUCCCAACACGGCGAGAGAGGUGGAUCUCGUGCUCAGGGCUGGGUGGGAGGGAGAGCCGGUGGAAUGAAUAGUGGUUAUAAUGGAGGGCCACCCCCUGGUGCGGUAGGAGGGUUUGGUGGAGGAGGUAGUGGGUCUGAGGAUAAUGGUGCAUCCGGUGGAGGAGGGGGAUACUCUGGAGGAGGAAGUGGUACGCAUCCAAACCAAGCUGGAGGAGGUGGGGGCUCGUAUUGCAGUGGUUCGAGUUGUUCUGGCGCUACCGGUGGGAACCUAAAGGACGAUGGAUUUGUACAAAUUAUCGCAUUAUCGAACUAA